AUGAGUGAAUCAAGACAGGAGUUACUGCAAUGGGUUAACAACCUGCUGCAGCUGAACGUGACAAAGGUCGAACAAUGCGGAACCGGUGCUGCGUUCUGCCAAAUUCUUGAUUCGAUUUAUAUGGAUAUUCCAAUGGGAAGAGUAAAGUUCAACGUUAACACCGAAUAUGCCUAUGUAAACAACUUUAAGAUUCUACAGAAUGCCUUCGCGCGCCAUCAGAUUGACCGCCCCGUCCCCGUCCAGGCGUUGAUUAAAUGCCGCAUGCAAGACAAUUUGGAAUUCCUACAGUGGAUAAAAAGACACUGGGAUCAGUACUACCCCGGCGGUGAAUAUGAUGCCGUUGCACGACGAAAGGGAUCGGGAGCACCUCCACCUGCUGGAGCUGCCCGUUCGGGAACGUCUUCUGCCACCGGGACACGACGGGGUGCGACACCCACUAGCGCCGCUGGUAGACCACGAGUUGGCGGCGCGAACAACCUGGCCCUGACCCAGGAACUGAACGCACAAAAGGAAGCCAUUGCAGGGCUCGAGAAGGAGCGUGAUUUCUACUUUGCAAAACUGAGAGAUAUCGAACUUUUGCUGCAACAGGCCGUUGAGGCUGACCCUGAAUUGGAAAAGGAAGAAGAUUCAUUGGUUAAGCAUAUUCAGGCUAUUCUGUACUCGACAGAGGAGGGUUUCGAGAUUCCAGAUGGUGAGGCAGGUGGAGAGGAGUUGGAGACAUUCUAA